UGUGGACGCGGCUUCCGGCGGCGUGACCUGGGCGCACUAGGUCGGCGGCGUGCGGAGCGGAAAGGGUUUAACGCUUGCAGCCGGACUAUAUUAAGGAUCUCGAAGCACUGCCAACAUGUCUGAUGUUGAAGAAGCCACUAACCAACUUUUGGAUGUGAACCUACAUGAGACUCAGAGGUCUAUACAGGUGACGGGAAGUGGCCCCAGAAGUGAGUCCGAGAAUCUCCAAGUCACUAUUGGAGCCACUGUACCUACUGGUUUUGAGCAAACAGCUGCAGAUGAAGUGAGAGAGAAAUUGAGGUCAUCAUGCAAAAUCAGCAAAGACCGGGGCAAAAUAUAUUUUGACAUUUCGGUGGAAAGUCUGGCUCAGGUUCAUUGUCUGAGAUCAGUUGAUAAUUUAUUUGUGGUGGUUCAGGAGUUUAAAGAUUACCAGUUCAAAGAAACUAAGGAAGAAGUUCUAAAGGAUUUUGAAGAAUUGGCCGGGAAGCUUCCUUGGUCAGACCCUUUAAAAGUAUGGAAAAUUAAUACCAGUUUCAAAAAGAAAAAAACAAAGCGCAAAAAAAUAAACGAGAAUUCAAGUAAAGAGAAGAUUGGUAAUGGACAAGGAGACAAAAGAGAUGAGAAAGAUGUUAAAAAAGAGUUGACUGACGAUGUCUUAGAGUCACAUAUCUUAGACUAUUAUGAAAAUCCAGCCAUCAAAGAAGAGAUAUCAACAUUAGUAGGUGAUGAUUUGGCAUCUUGCAAAGAUAGGACUGAUGAAAGCUCAAGAGAAGAAACUGCUCCUGAAGUGCUAAAGUUUAGAGUCACAUGCAACAGGGCAGGAGAGAAACAUUGCUUUUCCUCCAAUGAGGCCGCAAGAGAUUUUGGGGGUGCUGUUCAAGAUUAUUUUAAGUGGAAAGCUGACAUGACCAAGUUUGAUGUGGAGGUGCUUUUGAAUAUCCAUGAUAAUGAAAUCGUUGUGGGCAUUGCAUUGACAGAAGAGAGUCUCCACCGAAGAAAUAUCACACAUUUUGGACCUACAACUCUUAGAUCUACUCUUGCCUAUGGGAUGCUCAGGCUCUGUGAUCCUCAGCCUACUGAUAUAAUAGUUGAUCCCAUGUGUGGAACAGGGGCUAUACCAAUAGAGGGGGCUACUGAAUGGACUAACUGUUAUCAUAUUGCUGGUGAUAAUAAUCCAUUGGCUGUAAAUAGAGCAGCAAAUAACAUCUCAUCUUUACUGACCAAGAACCAAAUUAAAGAAGGCAAACUGUCCUGGGGCUUGCCCAUAGAUGCUAUUCAAUGGGAUGUCUGCAAUCUGCCAUUGAGAACUGGCUCUGUGGACAUUAUUGUAACUGACAUGCCAUUUGGAAAAAGGAUGGGCUCCAAGAAGAGAAACUGGAACCUUUAUCCAGCUUGCCUACGGGAGAUGAGUCGUGUCUGUAGACCAGGGACAGGCCGAGCUGUACUACUUACUCAGGACAAGAAAUGUUUUACCAAGGCAUUAUCUGGAAUGGGACACUUAUGGCGGAAGGUGCAUACCGUCUGGGUGAACAUAGGGGGUCUUCAUGCUGCAGUUUAUCUUCUGAAACGUACACCUCAAGCUUUUGUUCAUUCUUCAGAACAAGAUGGCGAAAGAAUUCCUUGGUAAUGCAAAGAAUGAUUAACAUUAUUUGUGCUUCCUGACACUGGAAAUGUUAACAUGAAGAACUGGCUUUGAGAGAAAAAUAGUAUUAACAAAAGUGCAGUUUGCACUGUUUAAACUGGUCUAAAGCUCUUCACCCUGGUUAGCAAAAGAUAUGAAUGUAAUGUUAUGGAAUUUAAAAAGUUGAGAAAGAACUUUUCUCUGGAGCUAUUUUGAAGGGGUAGCUGGGCAAUUAGUACUUUUCUUAAAAUGCUUUAAAGAUACUAGUCUACUAAAAUGCUCUGGGAAUUGGGUUUAGAACAUUUUCAGGCUUUAUAAUAGUUCCCCUUUUCCACUCUAACUACUCUGUCCUAAUGGAAAGGCAGAGAACAUAAUCAGAGCAUCUUAAGCAACAUCUCAUUGCCUGUGCAGCUUUGUUAGUUAGUUCUCUUUACUUCAUCCUUAAAAAAAUGAAGCAUUAUUACAUUUUGUGAAAUAAGGUUUUGCCCCACAAUGAGAUGAAGUCUCAAGACCUAUAGGAAAGUUUACUAUUGCCUUAAAAAUUAAAACUUGCAUGUUAUUCAGAUGACACAGAACUAAAACAGAAGACUAGAACUUAUCAAAGGAAUUACAAAAAUAGUUUACUGUUAGCAGUAUAGGACAUUUCUAUUUUUAAAUACAUUGUUAGAUGAAGUAUGGGACCAAGUCAGAUUUAAAGAAAUUUUAUUUUUCUUUCAGUACACUAAAGUGGUGUUGCUUUUCAAACACAAACCUGUCAAAAUAUUUUUGUUUGGUUUCUUAAAAGAACUAGAGAACAAACUGAUAUAUCUUUGAAUUAAAUAAAAAAAAACAACUUCAUCUAAGUUUUUUGUCGUUUUCUCUUGGUCACUGAUCAUAUUGAGUUGCUUUUCCAAUUGCAGAAAGUCCUUCCUCAGACAGUGGAAAAUGAAUGACAUCAAUAUUAAGUCCUUAGGAAAACAGUGCUUCCCUCGGACAAAGUACUUGGGGUUUUAUGUGGAAUUCUUUAUAGUAUUCAAAGUUUGCUUUGGAAUUUCUGGCUGUAUUCAGUUUAGAUUUUCAGUGUCGUAUUAGUAACUAAUAGUACUACUCAUAUUACCUUUUGAUGUGUCACUUUAGAAUAAAAGGACAUAGUAUUUCUUUUCUUUGACAGAGUAACUGAGUUCACAUUUAGCAGCACAGCCAACAUUCCUAGUCUGGAUUCUGAUACUACCUUACACUUGCAAAUGAGUGUUUUAUAUCCUAGCCUAGCGUUUUUACCAUUGUCAGAAUGCAAUUGCAUUAUUAUGGGUUCAACAUAAAACUUUUCACCUCUGACAAAAGAAACCAUUUAAACCUCUAAGUGUUAGUGCACAGAACUAGAAAGUACAAGGACCGUGUCUGUUUUUACCACUGUUUACCAAGUACUUUGGCCCAAUACCGGACAGAGUAGAUAUUUAAUGUUAAAUUAGUACUUUUACAUAUUGGCUUAGUUUUUAAGUAUAUCAAAUUUGUGCAUGAUCCAUCAUAGCUUUAGUCUUAUUAAAUACCACCAUAAAAACAUGACCAGAUUGAUUUAAGAUGAUGCAAAUAUGUAGAGAGCAUUGUCUGCAAUUGUUUACAAUCUUCUUCUCUAGUAUUGUUUUGUAAUCUGGUGACAGGAACGAGAAAUGGCUGAGGAUUCAGAAAAGCUGGGCUUGAGUUAUAUAUGACACUGCCACCUACUAGUUCUGUGACCUUGAUUUUUAACCUCUGAAAUGAGCCUCCUACACCAUAGGAAUGUGAAAAGAUGGGAAAGUAAUCUUAAUAUUUAAACACAAAAUGAGUGAGUUAUGAUCCAGACAUUCUGUUACUGGGAAAAUCAAUAUAUUUUAGAGGGAAAAAAACAACAUAAACAUUGAAACAGAUUUUAUAAAUUCAAUGAAAAGAAGAUAGUUAUCUACAGACCGACAAUGUGAUCAAAAAAUACGGUGAAUGUUUAAAUUAAAAAAAAAAAAA